AUGAAGAGCAUCACCAUCAUCGCCUCCUUCUCGGCCAUCUUGGGCGCAAUCGUCACCUCUGCUGCUCCUGCUGAGCAGCCGGUCAAGGCCGACAUGGCCACCAUCUGUGAGGCCACUGAGGCUCCCUUUGCCAACGCUGUCUGCCACCCCUUCACAGCCUCCGAUGGCAGCGUUUUCGCCGUCUUCACACUCAAUCCUGCCAAGUCCAAUGAGGGUAACUUCGACAGCGUGAAGAAUGCUAUCAACUCUGGAGCCACCACCUGGAUUCCCAACAAGAAGACUGGCAACGAGGACUUCUGCGACAACGUCAAUGGCCUUCACUCUGGCCACAUCAACCCCUACAUGCCCCUCGUCUCCGACUGCCUCGCCAUCAAAGACUGGGCCGCCUCUAACGCUGGCCACUGGGCCGUCUCCAAGGCCGACUUGGACAAGCACCGCUGGGUCGCUCUCUCUGUUGUUGGCACCUGCGCCUUUGUCGUCGGCGCCACCAAGGAGAACCGCCCCGAGGCUGCCAUCAACAUUGGCAACCAGGAUGUCACCGAGAUCAUCCAGCAGGCCAUUGAGAAGCACAGAAUGAUGGACCAGGUCGAGGUUGCUGGUCGCUCUUCUUGCAUCGCCUCGGGUGGCAAGGUCGCUGCCGACUGGUACAUCGCCAACCCCGACAUGAUCAAGUGGGACAACUGA